AUAGCGAUUGCUUUCCAACAACGUUUCUUCGUAUAUACGGCGAACCUGUCGGACCUAACCGAUUGCCAGUCAUUUGUCAGCAGAGUGGCGGAAUGGAACUUCCGUUGCAUCCGUAAUAAUUGUCUAUCCAUUGUUAGCUCUCAUCGUGUCUCUCUCGGUGCAUAUUGAAUAAUUUCGGUAAUUGUCAAGGAAACGCGGAUCUACUCACCGAUAUGCCUGGAACUUUGGAAUAUUGUCUAUUUUAUUGUGCAAAAGAAUCGAAUACGGAAGUUAAAAAAUUGUCGCCCUCAAGUGAAACAGAGGUUAUGACGUACUAAAGAGUGAUGGAGGUUGGGAAAUGUCUCAUGCGGACAGCGAACGAGCAGAUACAAGAGUGGCGCGAAAAAUGCGUGAAAUUUGAAACAUGUUUCAGGAAUAUUUAAAAAUCUCUAGUUUUGUAAUAAAGAAGAAAAAGAAAUGAAUAGUAUACCAAAUAGUUUUACCAAACCUAACCAUACUAAAACCUAACCUAACCUAACCUAACCUAACCUAAUUGAAGACAUUGCGACGUUAAUUUGUUGGUUACAUCAUUAAAAGCACCAAAAAUGCAGUUCUGUACGCUCACGAGGAGUCGAGUUUGCGCGGAGGAGAACGAUGAACCGCAUGCCGGAAGAAAUCGUGCUGAUGAGUGAGAGCCAAAGACACGAGGAGGAGACACUCGUUGUCGAGUCGUCGAUAAUAUCAGUCGAGAUUUUGCCAAGUCAAGAUGUAAUUUUGUAAAGGUCAAGCUUUUCAGGCAGAUUGGGGUGAGAAAGCCAGUCUCCUUGACAAUUACCUACCAAAGUUUCAAAGAUGACAGCUUGGCGGAAUGCAGCAAGUUUAAUAUUAAUCGCUCGUCACGCACAAAAGUACAAGUGCCCGACUCAGUCGUCCGCAUAUAACUAUAAUGUAUUAUCUUUGAAACGUCAUCAAAAGUCGAAUUUCAUGCCGGGUUUAUACGUCUUCCCGGGCGGUAAUAUAAGUCCAGCUGACUCCGAUCCCAAAUGGCGCGAGCUUUUUGUUGCCUUUGGUUUUAACAACGACAGUUUCGCAUCUCUGAUACCUGACACUGCGGUGCGACCACAGAUCUUUAAGUCACAACAAAACGAAUUGUCAAGGGAGAUUUCUCUACGUAUAACAGCGAUUCGCGAGACUUUCGAGGAGUGUGGAACGUUAAUUUGCAGGCGAAGGGACGAUCGAGCAUUUUCCGUUUGGGCUCAACACUUGUCAGUUCCUAAGAAGGAGUUGCGAGUAUGGCAGAGAAAAAUUCACGAUAAUGCUAUGGAAUUCUUGACAUUCUGCAAACAGUUUGAGUGCUUCCCUGACUUGUGGGCACUGCACGAAUGGAGCAAUUGGUUAACGCCUACGUAUUUACCGAAUCGCUACAACACUGUCUUUUAUAUGGCUUGUAUGCAGUCUGCACCUUACGCAGAGUACGACACUAUCGAGAUAGAAGACCUAAAUUGGGGAACACCAGAGAACAUUUGGUCCUCGAAGGACAUUGUAUUGCCACCACCUCAACAGUACGAAGUUGCCAAAUUAGCUAAAUUUCAAAAUAUAGAUCAUGUACUAGAUUGUGCUGUACAGCGUGGUAAAGUAGGUGUGCAAUUGUAUUUGCCGGUGCGUGUGAAUCUAAAGGAUGGAACUGUGUUUGUCUUAUGUGGGGAUACAAUGUAUCCGAAGGAGAUUGAUCCAACUGCCACAUUGGUAAUCAACAAAUCGGAUAUCAGUAUGGAUAAAUUUCGAGAGAUGACACCGAUGAAACAUAGAAUGGAAUCUAAUGGCGCACGAAUGACAAUAUUUCACUCUGAUGAUGUACAAACAAUUACGUGUAAUCGUGUAUCGUCGGACACAUCUGCAAAUCAACAAGUGAAAAAUAGGCCCUAGUUUAGAAAUAAUAUUGCAUUAUGUAAUAUUGCAUUAUUGAGUGUUUCUCAAGUUCAAAUGAGGCAACUAAUUUAAGAGUUGCUUCGUCUACGGGAAACGAUUCUUCAGAUUUGACAAUUAUGAGACGACUAAAAGGACGUGAGUCCGAGAGAAGGAAUCGACAUUCCUUCCCCUGCGUUUUCCUUUCCAAUUUUCAAUUUCAAAAAUUGAAUCUCGAAAUAACGUGAAUAUCGCUCGGCUAUUGGGAUAUUGAGAAAUUUUGUACGGAUAUGUUUGAUGUUUUCUAUCUCGAAACUAUAUGUAUAUAUA